UGCUGGGGGUUGUAGUUCUGGAGGCCAAAACAGGAAGUGUUGGAGGAGUCCUCCAGCUCCUUGCUCAGUCUUCGGAGCCUGAAGGAGUGAAGGGGGCGCAGCAUGUCUUUCAAGAGGGAGGGAGACGACCCCAGCCAGCUCAAUGUGCUCAAGAAAAGAAGAGUUGCUGACCUCUUGGCCAAUUAUAUCGCUGAGGAUGAAGCUUUGCUGCUGAGAGAUGGCAGAUAUGCCUGCGCUGUCUGCUUCCACCGUCCAGUUUUUGACACUCUCGACAUGCUCACGGUCCACCGUUCUGGAAAGAAGCACCUCAUCAGUUUGCAGAAGUUCUAUGGGAAGAAACGUUCGCUCGAGAGCGAGGUCCAGAAACGAUGCCACCAGGCGUACCUCCAAGCAGAAGAAACUGGUGCCCAGGUGAGUCCAGGCCCUGCACCUUUGCUUGUGGAGACCAGGAAGAUCGCCCACAACGCUUUGCUGAAAAACGUCCCUUAUAGCAGCUGCUGCCGGCGCAACAGGGUGGCAGGAAGUAGUGACAUUGCCCCCAGUACCUCAAGGACAGAUGCAAGCUCCAGAGAGUCUGAAGAAAGUGAGUCGUCAAAACCCAAGAACUCCAAGUGUGCAGAAGAACAUAGACUUCCUUUGCCAGAAGCCACUUCUGCUGUGGAUUUGCCUGGGUGCGCGACUUCCACGUCAGAAUCAGUGAAAAGAUCUGCAGCUCUGGGGAAGGAGCGUAGCCGCAAAAGGAAAGCGCCUCACGGUGCAGCACCUCAUUCUGACACUGGUGAUGUUACCCCGGAGAAGCGCCAGGCUUUGGAACACUAUCUGAGGCUGAAAAGUUCUGGUUGGGUCCAAGAUGGUUCUGGCAAGUGGGUAAAAGACGAGAAUGUGGAAUUUGACUCUGACGAAGAGGAACCUCCUGCACUGACUCCAUCUUGACAACAUGGUUGCUUACUUUCUGAGGGGGGACCCUUGGAAAUGUGCUGUUGGCUGGACAUUCAGGGACCACUCAUUCAAGAGCAAAAUUUAUUUUUUACCACAUACUGUAUAUAGGAUAGUUUAUUUUUUUAAAAAAAGGGGGAGAUAUGAACACAGGUUACAUUGUCUGGUUACUUCCUUUGUUGGUUACAGUCUCUGAUUUUGUUUCACUGCAUAGAGACUGCCUUUCACAACAACCCUGCUAGGUAGCUGGAUUGCAAGAGAAAGUGUGUGUGUGUGCGCGCAACUUCUGUGGUUGAAUGGAAAUUUGAACCCGGGUCUCCCUGGUUGUAGUCCAACAAUCAGACUGCACCAAACAUGAAAAACACUGCUUUUGAAAAGCUUGCUUAACCCUGGCCAACCCUGCUUUUCCCUUUUUUUAAAAUAAAGACAGUAUGUUUUGUUUUUUAAAAAAGUAA